GUGGCACGUGCGGGAGGGGGCGGGCCGGGUGCGCGGGCCGCCCUCGCCGCGGCCGGAAACAAUAGUGCAGGAGCCCGAGCCGCGCGGAUCGGCGGCGGCGGCGCGCGGAGUUGGACGGGGCACUAUGAACGAAGAGGAGCAGUUUGUAAACAUCGAUUUGAAUGAUGACAACAUUUGCAGUGUUUGUAAACUGGGGACAGACAGAGAAACCCUCUCCUUCUGCCACGUUUGUUUUGAGCUGAACAUUGAGGGAAUACCAAAAUCUAAUCUCUUGCACACCACAUCAUUAAGGGGCCAUAAAGACUGCUUUGAAAAAUACCAUUUGAUUGCAAACCAGGAUUGUCCUCGAUCUAAGCUUUCAAAAAAUACUUAUUAUGAAGACGUUAAAGCCAUUUUGAGUAAGAAGAUAAACUGGAUUGUACAGUACGCACAAAAUAAGGAUGUGGAUUCAGAUUCGGAGUGUUCUAAACCUCCCCAGCAUCACCUGUUUAAUUUCAGGCAUAAGCCGGAUAAAAAGCUCCUCCCACAGUUCGACUCCCAAGUACCAAAGUAUUCCGCAAGAUGGCUAGAUGGAAGUACGGGUGGCCUCUCAGACUGUACACAAAGAAUAUUGCAGCAGAGGGAAAACUCAGACUUCGGGCUUGCUAUGUUACAAGGGUCAGGUGCCACUUUGUGCCACAAUAGUGUAUUGUGGCCUCCUAGUCACAGCCAGACACAGAAGAAGGAAGAGACCAUCUCUAAUCCAGAGGCUAGUGUCCAGACCCAGCAGCCGCAUUACAGCAGGGAGGAAUUGAAUUCGAUGACUUCUGGUGAGGUAAAGCAACUGAAUGCAAAGCUCCAACAGCGAAUACAGGAAGUUUUUGAAGAGUUAACACGCCAAGUGCAAGAAAAAGAUUCUCUGGCCUCAGAGCUCCAUGUCCGCCACGUCGCCAUCGAACAGCUUCUCAAGAACUAUUCCAAGUUACCAUGCCUGCAAGUGGGGCGAACGGGAAUGAAGUCCCACCUGACAUGAGCAACGGAAUUCAACUUGCACUCACUUCCUGUGCCCCAGCACUUCCUGGUCAGCCACUUGCAAUGUGGUCAUUAAGUCUGCAGAACUUCAAGGCAGUAUUGAACAUCUUCGUUAGAUAAAGCGGAUCGUCACACUCUAGUCUUCUAGGGUUCGUCAUUUUGGUUUAUCUGGGGAAUUUUUCCCCCCAUAAUUACUAAGUGGUCCUCCCUAACUUUUACCACAUGUGACUAUUUAAAUAUACUGUUACAGUGUGAUUUUAUGAAACAUAGUUUAAUGUAAUUCACCUCUCAAACCAAUAGAAGGUUAACAAACACCUUAGAUUAGUCUGAACUACUAAAGAUAAAACUUUUAAGAGGGAAGUUAAAUUCAUAAUAUCACCUCUUAUUUAUUAUGAGCAAUAUUUUAAUAUGAAAAUUUUAUAUAUAAAAAUGCUAUUUUAGGUACCUUUCCAUUCUCUUUAUAAAUGUGUAUUUGAAUGGCUCUGUGUAUUAUAUUUACACUUUCAUGUGUGAAUAUCUUACCCAUGUUUCAGAUCUUACUGCAUUUUAUUCUCUUACUACACUGCUUUUACAACUGUUACCUUGUUUUCCAAAGAUAAAUGUAUUUUGGAGUAGAAAUCUAUCUAGUUGAAUUGUUUGACUUCUGAUAACUCUUAUAUGAGGAAUUAAUACCUUUUUAAAGCAAAUAUCCAAGAAAAUAAAAUAUAUAAUUUUUUCCAACAAAAGCAGUUCUGAGUUUGUUCAGGAAGAAAAUGCUAAUCUAGCUUUUGUAUGUCAACAAGUCUACAUAGAAGUUAGAGCCUCUUCUGUUUCAUUAUUAGUUUCAUGCUACUGACUUUGAUGUGUUAGAAUUUGGACAGAGUAAGUCAAGCCUCACUUGUAAGUCAAAUGGAUUAUCUUCAAAUUGAAUAUACUGUUAAAUUAUUGCCCUGUCUUUGAAAAAAAUUAAAAUUACUUUGUGUGCCACUUCAGAUCAAAGUUCAAAAAUCCUUGAACUGUCCAAAUUCUGUAUCACUGAAAUUAGUGCCCCAAGAAAGCAUUCUGGGGCAUUUUUCUAAACUUUGGAAUCUAAAGGGAAAGAGAAGAUUGCUUGACCCAAAAAAACAAAACUCUAAUUCAAAAAAAAGAAGCCCAUUCUUUUUUCAUUUCAGAGAAACAGAAACAUCAAUUUGUUUUUCCAGUUAUUUAUGCAUUCAUUGGUUGAUUCCUGGGGAUCAAACCCACAACCUUGGCGUAUUGGGAUGAUGCUCUAAACAACUGAGGUACCCGGCCAGGGCUAGGAAGCUCAUUUUUGAAAGGAUUUUAUAUGUUGCCUAGGUUUCCAAAGAGCUCUGAACUAAUGGCUGGUCUCAAACAGCUAGAUACGUUUUUAAUUUAUGAUAGUAAAACCCUCAACCAAUGUAGAACUCAAAUGGGCUCUAAGUUUCGUUUUCAGCUGGUGUUUAGAAUGUGUUUAUAAGGUAAGAUCCUUUGCUUGAAAGAAUCUACAGGAAAGCCCAUAAUUUGGUAGCGCCAUGCAUACAAAGAUAUAAUGACUUCUGCCUUAAAUUUGGCAGCCUGCCCUGACUUGGGUCAGAUUUUAGUCGAACACAAACGCUAUUUGACUAAAGCAAAGAAACACCUCAAACUAUUGGAAACAACUUUUUAUAAUGCUAGAAUGUCUUAAAUUUGCCCAAGAGUACUGCUUGCUAAUCAUUAAUUUUUGUUUUGUUUUCUUUGAAGUAUGACAUAACUGCUUUUUUGGAGGGAGCUUUUGAAAGAUGCUUUCAAUUUCUCUCAAUUCUUUGAGUAAUCCAAAAUGAAUUUAAAAUUCAGGAGCGGGGACACGUUGCCUUAGUGUUUGAUAAGCUUUACAUUGAAUACGUGCAAUAUCAAAAUCCAUAAAUUUACAAAUUAAAUAAACCUUUUCCGGAUGAUGCCAGUAGGUAUCUCAGUGCUUAGUUGUUUUGGUCACGUUUUCAAAUUUGACUUGACUCUCUUUUGGCAGAAUUCAUUAUGGGUGUUACCAGCCAGUGUGCUUGCACACAUUUGUGCUUCUAUUUAGAUCACUUUGGGACAGCCAUGAAAGUCUGGGAUGUGUUGCAUUUGAUGGUAGUCGCAUAUUUCCGGAAUGGAAGCCAUAUGGUGCGGCCCUGAACACAACAGUGCUAUCCAAAGCAAGUAUGUGCUUGCUUCUUAAAGCAUUUCUGGCAAAUGUGCAGGUUUACUGAUGAGUUAGGACAAUUAGAUGGGAUGAUGCCUGUGCCAAGGUCUUAAUUAGGGAUUCUGAUUUAUCCCACUUAGAUAUUUCUAUUUAAGGUCUUCAAGGGAAAGGUGCUCUUUAAAAAUGUCUGUGGUGCUGGUACUCACACUAGUACUUUAUUUGGAUAAAAUAUUCUAGUAAAAAAAAAAAAUUGUUAUUUUGCACAGCAGUUUUUCCAAAUAUUUGAUAAACUUAUUUUCUAUUCUAAUGUUAGUUUUCUUGGUUGAAUAUGAAAUUCCUAUAUAUUUUAAAAUAAGGCCAAGGGACACUAACCUUGAAAGACUGAAAUUCCACAAAUAUUGGUUACCAUACUUGGCUCUUCUUCUGUACAGUUGGUGGUACUUUCUGAGGAAGUUUAGGAGGAAAUCUUACCUAUACCUUCAGUUUCAAAAAUGGCAAAAGAGGCAAGUUAUCUGUUACUAAUUUCAGAGCUUAUAUGGUUAAGGGGAGUGAAAUAAGACUGAUAUUUUUUUAUGUUAUAGGUAAUAAUUAAACCAGUUUAAUUCUGUUUUUAAAAAACCAGUCUAAAGUCAAAGUGGUUGUGACUAUCCAAGAUUAUUCUCUUGAUUGAAAUUUUCAAAUCCAUUCAGCCUUUUGUCAUCCUUUGGCCUUAGUAUAUAUAAUAUCCUAAUUUGUCUUAUUUUUUUUUUUAGUCAUGCACUUAAGACCCCAGUAAUAGAUGAUGCAGUCAGCAGAAUAGCAUUUUUUAGUUUCUUAUGCAUAAUGUUGGAGCAAAGAAAUGCUCUUAUUUUUUCAAAUUAUAUGCUCAAUUCACCACAAAGUGCCCAUUUUUAUAUAUACUUGAGGAUUAUUUUUAAAAUAAGUUCAUGUUGGAAAGUGGUUUCAGAGAUAAUAGUCAAAAUAUAUUCUAUUUUGUUGGCAUCUUGAGAUUUACUCGGGAUUUUCAUUUCACUAUAUUCUUUACCACUGAAGAUGGUUUAAAGUGCUUGCUUUCUUUGUUUAUGUGUCUUUACUUUGGAGUUUACAUUUGAGUCUGUUUUUGGAUCUAUUUGUGUAUGUUUGCCAUUUUGGGUUUUGUUUUGAUUUUUUAAAAGAAAUUUUCUUGCAUUAUUGUAAAAUGAAAUACAAAAUGUAUGUGCUCUAAACUUUAGGAACUUUUAAAGGAUAAAUUAUUUGUGUAGCUUAAUAGGAGGUUCAGGUUAGUGACCAUAAAAUUAGGUUACAUGACAUGAAAACUUUUAAAGGGUAUAGUGUAAAGUUAUUAUAGUGUUAUUUUUCUGAUUUGUGCCGGUGAGUUUACUGACAGAUGUUAUCGAUUCUGCUAAGGUAAGAUAUUUGAGUAUUUUCAAGUACUUAAUAAGAAGUUUAGUACUCUUAAAAAUUUCCUUAAAUAUAUUUUGUUCAGAUGUGGCUGUAAAACGAAGAUAAUUGAUUUCAUUUCAGUGUUUAAUUGCAUUUUUCACUUUAGGUUGGUGGGAAUAAUUAUUUGAGAAAAUUUGUGGCAAAAAAUCCAGUACGAGACAAAACUCCACAGGUUAUUCUUGCCAGGUUAAGUCUUUGGUGAUGGGAUGAGAGAGGGCUGACUUACCUGAAUACUGAGGUAACGGGGCUCUGGCACAAGUACAGGUAUCUUGGAGGAGGAAUAUAAUACUGUGUAUGGAAUAACAAGGUUUGUCUUGCGACUCAGUAUUUUCAUUCCCUUUGUCCUUUCCUAAUUGUCCUUGCCAUAAAGUAGUCCAAUGUAUUAAGCAAUUCGGUCAUGUUGCUGAAAACCACAUCACCGCAAGUCUCUAGCAUUGUUUUUUUUUUUUAGCAUCUAGUUUGUAACAUACUUUUUCUAUCCUUUUUAGUUUAUGAGUCCAGAUUAUGACUGCAGUUAGCCAUACUAGCGUGAAACAAAAUCAUGAAAUGAGUAUCGUCCACCCUCUUACCCCCAAAAAGUGUUAGUUGAACUUCCCUCGCACGCACACAAGGCAAAGGGAAUUUUAGUAAAUAUGUGUUUCUUAUUUCUUUCAAACAUGUAGAAUGCUUAUUUCCAUUCUACUACCUUGAAAAGAGACAGUUUAGGAAAUGUUCAGUAACAACUUCUGUUUUAAACCUAUUCCCACUUUUACAAUAUGUUGUGUGUGUUAACCUUGCUUUAAGUCUGAGUAGCUUACACUAUGGUCAUUGAACUUAAUCUCUGUGGUGUUAGAAAUUUAUUUCACAACAUUGUGCUAAGACAUUUGGAAAAAGAAAAUUGAACUGCAAUGAUGAGAACCAACUUGGUUUUAAAGAAGUUUAGACAAUACUUGGCUGUUACACUUUUCUUUAAAACUGCAAUAAUUUACAUUUUUGUAUUGCUCUACUUUGGAACUGUAACUACUUAUGCUUGUCUACCAUUUUUUAUUUUAUAACAAUAAAAUAAAUAUUUUGUUAUCUGUUUCAGUGAA